GAAAACGGACAGAUGUCCGAUUGACUCGAAACAAACAAAACGCAGUUUUAUCCGGUAUCGAAACUCUCUGAACUCAGAGUUCAAUCCCAGAUCGAAAUUCCCGGAUGUAUGGCGUCCCACAUUAAUUCCAUUUUCCGUUGCCCGCCUUCUAAGCCACGUUUAGCGUACAACUGUCACCUACAAAACCCUAAAUCUCCUCUUACACUUAGUUACUUUACUUGUAGUUCUUCUUAUGCCGUCCUCAGUCCUCGUAAGAUAUCCUGUUCCGGUCCCUCGCGGUGCAGGUUAUUAACUGUGAAGUCUCAUAUGGCUACGGAGGAGAAGCCAAUAUCUGGGGAUAGAAUGCUGGUAUUUGUGCCUCCACAUCCUUUGAUCAGGCACUGGAUUUCAGUUCUGAGAAAUGAGCAAACUCCUUGUCCUAUUUUCAAAAAUGCUCUGGCUGAGUUAGGGAGGCUACUUAUAUAUGAAGCUUCAAGGGAUUGGUUGCCUACAGUCACUGGGGAGAUUCAGUCACCAAUGGGUGUUGCCUCAGUUGAAUUUAUUGAUCCAAGGGAGCCUGUUGCGGUUGUUCCCAUCUUGAGAGCUGGUCUUGCUCUUGCAGAACAUGCAUCAUCAAUCUUGCCUGCAACAAAAACCUACCAUAUAGGGUUAAGCAGAGAUGAGGAGACACUUCAACCAACAAUAUAUUUGAACAGGUUACCUGAAAAAUUUCCACCAGACUCUCGAGUAUUUGUGGUAGAUCCUAUGCUCGCAACAGGUGGCACAAUAGUGGCAGCCCUUAACCUAGUUAAGGAACGUGGGGUUGAGAACAGGCAAAUCAAAGUGAUAUCUGCUGUGGCUGCUCCUCCAGCCCUUCAAAAGCUCAGCGAGAAGUUUCCUGGGCUUCAUGUUUACACUGGAAUCAUUGAUCCUACCGUCAAUGACAAAGGGUUUAUAGUUCCUGGACUUGGAGAUGCAGGAGAUCGUAGCUUUGGCACCUAACCUAAUAUGGGGAAUCGGUUAUUGAUGUAUGCCUCUAACAUAAGAUCCGUCAAGUCGUUUUUCUCAAUUUUGAUAUAUUGAGUUUGUCAUCAAUUUGUAGGGUCCGCGGAUUUCUUUACAGUAUUUAGAUUGUUUUGUUCAUAGAAAACGACCUGAAAUGGACAAUUUACACGAUUAUUCUCUCGAAAAUAACUAUUCCUUUGCUUUAUAAUUCUCAACCUUGAACCAUUUGAAGCAUGUAAUUGGCUGCAACUUGAUAAACUAAAUACUAUUUCUAUUUCAAAA